AUAAAUAAGAGUAGAACCACACUAGCAUACUUGACUUUGAAAAUCGAAACCAGAGACUCGUCACCCUCGCUCAAAUUCGGCUGCUCACAACGGAGAAUGAAAAUGGAUUCCCUGCACCUCUUCUCGCUCUGCCUUCUAACUGCUCUCCCCACCCCCACUCUGCAGGCUUUUGGCGAAGAUCGGCGGCCAUUGAUCAAUGUAUCGGUUAAGGUCUCCACGCCGUUCUCCAUUGCUCUGGACAAUCUCCAGAGGCAAAUCAACUAUACAUUCAAGAACAUUGGGCUGCUGCGACGAGCAAUGACACACGCCUCUUAUUCGGAGGAGAACAACAAGGCAUUAGGUUUAUUGGGCGUAAAUGUAAUCGAAUCCUCGGUUGCGCUGCAGUUGCUAUCCAAAAAUGUCGAUACUUCAUCCAAGGAUUUGAGUGACAGUAUUGCAGAUGCAUCUAAGGUGGACGGUUCUUGCAAUGCAGACGGUGUGCAUCUGGGGUUGGAGAGGAUUGUUAGAGUCUCACACAAGACAAAUGCCUCUGCUCCUUCUGUUAUUUGUGGCGCAUUUCGUGCAAUGUAUGGGGCAAUUGCAGUUGACUCUGCGAGUUCGGAUGAGGCUGGGAAGAUCUACCUCAAAGUUCACAGUGGAAUAGGGAACACGGCAGUGAUGUAGGUAAGGAUUCCGUAUGCUAAGCUCGCUAUUUGCUUUGUUAAACUUGGCUGAUGUUUGUUGAACUGAUCCCACUUCAUAAGCUUCAUCUUUCCUAGUUGUCGGCUGACUACUGGAGAUUUUGAGGUUGAUGCUUAUUUUCUAACUGCUGGUAUGUCUAUCCAUCAUAGAUGGUUUAGUUGUGGUCCAGCCGGAAUGAUGUUAUAAUGUAUGCUGUGCUCGGAAUUUAGUUCUAGCUAGACAAAUAGUAGUAUUAUUUGUGCUUUAAAGUUGUGUUUCUUUCUGUGUUUUGGAAUAUUUAAGAUUUUUGUUGUUGGGUAUUAGGUACUGUGAAAUUAUUAAGAAUUAUGAUGUUAUUUCGGUGAA